CGGCGGCGGAGAUGUCGACGACAAUCCUAGAUCGAACCAAACUCUCUCGCUUUCUGUUUGUGUAACGAGACGUGGCUGUGAUACUACUUGUUAGGGUUCGAUCUAGGGGGGGCAAUCUUGACCCAAAGGCAUUAGUAUGGGUCAUUCUGGGUGUUUUUUAUACUACUAUGGGUGGUUUUGGGUGAAGUAAUAAAAGUUAAAGGGUCAGACCGGGUCAAUUUGAAAACAGAGGAUAUUUAUGACGGGUGAAGUUGGGUUGGAAAUUUAUAAAGAACGGGUCAGAACGGGUCAUCUAGGUUUUCUGAGAACGGGUCGAUCUCUUGGUUACGCUGCUUCUCUUCUUCGCUAUUCUCACCGGAUCUCUUGGCAAUCCUCCAACAAGCAAGGUGAUUCUGAUAUUUCUGUUGGAGUAGAUCUCAAAGCCGAUGAUUCCUUCUCUUUCACAUCCACGGUUUGGUUUCUUCAUUCCCUGUGGUCCGAUUUAUCUUGAUAAUGAUCUUUUCAAUUGUAAAGUUAUGAUUUCUCAAAUCAAUUUGAUAUCCAAUCGGAGCCUAUUUGUAAACACCACAAUCAGUUUGAUAUUCAACUGUAUUAGUUACAUUAAUCAAAUGCUUCUUCGUUGGCGUAUCAUCUUUUCAAUUGUAAAGUUAUGAUUCUUGGUGGGUUUUCAGUUGUUGGUGAUUCUGUUAAUGAUGGUAGUGUUGCUUUAAUCCCGGAUUUGGCGGGAAAAGUUGAGAAAACGAACCGGUUGCGGUCGGAGUUAGUUAGAAAUAAGUCGAAAAAGUCUUCGCAUUCGAAGUGGAUGCAAAUGUUUAUGAAGAAAACAAACGAACAGGAACACGAACAAGAACAUGUUGGGUUCUUGGCAUUGUGGUUGUCUAGGUUUGGUUUUCCUUCGGGUGAUCAAGAUUCGGUAGGGAAACAUGUGAUCCCGAUUGCGGUGAGACUAUCGCAAGGGGUUAAACUGGCUAUUGCACCUGCGGUUCUUGCGUAUAUUUAUCAUAAUUUGACAAAGUUGAAAGAACAGUGUGUGGACUCGAGUUAUUCGAAUUUAAAAUUGAGUAGUUGUGUUAAUCUUUUGGGAAUUGGUUCAGAUUUGGGUGUAUGAAAGGUUUCCAGUUGUAGGACCAAAAGGGCCCAAUGAGCUUAGGCCUAGUGAGCCAAGAUUAACACGUUCGCACGUUUUGAAUUCGAAUGUUAGUUUACUGUUGUUGCGUUUGCAUAUGAUCAGUCUUGAGAGUUUCAUUUGGAGACCGUAUGCUGUUGAUCUGCAAAACUGGAAGCAGCCGUUAUAUUACCAAGAUUCUGAACAGAUUAUAUCCGAUUCGCUGGUCUUAGAUGAUGAUUUGCAGUUUUUUUUUAUCUUUUUAUAGCGCCUUGUGAGCUAGUCAACAGUGACAUUCUGGACAUAGAUUCAGUCAUUUUAGCAACCAGCAACAUCCCAUUUUGGCUUCAUGUAAGGAUCAAAAUUCAAUCUUUAACUAUUUGGAUAAUCUUUUUGAUUAAAUGAUCAUAUUAACUAGCUGAAA